UUCUCUAGCGCCGUUCCCGAUCCAAAGUCGUUUGCUUCUCGUCAAAGAGAUCGAGUUCUAGUUUUACUUUGCGCGAUGUCAGGGCGAGGGAAGGGAGGGAAGGGGCUGGGGAAGGGCGGCGCCAAGCGGCACCGCAAGGUGCUGCGCGAUAACAUCCAGGGCAUCACCAAGCCGGCGAUCCGGCGCCUGGCGAGGCGAGGCGGGGUGAAGCGCAUUAGCGGACUCAUAUACGAAGAGACCCGCGGCGUCCUCAAGAUCUUCCUCGAGAACGUCAUCCGUGACGCCGUUACUUACACAGAGCACGCCCGCCGCAAGACUGUUACUGCCAUGGAUGUCGUAUACGCGCUCAAGAGGCAGGGGCGCACUCUUUACGGAUUUGGUGGUUAGGGUUACUUGCUUUCUCUGAUGCAUUGUGCUCGCAAUGGUUGUUGAGAGAGGAACGGGUGAAACGGAUUUAGCUUGAGAUAUUUGCAUCUUAAAUUGGUAACUUUUUACCUGAGACACUUGUUGUAACAGUUCUUUAUGGUUUUAUAGUGUUAAUCGUGUGAUUUUUAUCA